GCCGAAAUAAACGAAGACUGAACUUCUGCGUUUCCGAAUUUUUGGAUUCGCAGCAAAAGAUCGGUUCAACACGCAUCCGAGGACUAAUGGAGCAUUGCUGACAGACAUCACUGCCUCUCCCCUCUUUCUCCAUGGAACUGCUCCCCACUCUUUCACCAGGGAUCCUAGAGACACUGGGCAACACUUCCACCCUCCACCCAGGCUUUGACUUCUCUCUGCUGCCCUUCAAUGGCACGGUGCACAAUGAGUCCUCGCUCAACGGUACCAAUUCCACUAGAACCGGGGUCAGCUCCAUCAUGGACGGGGUGGUCAUCCCGCUCAUUUACAUCGUGGUCUGCAUCAUCGGCCUCGGUGGGAACACCUUAGUCAUCCACAUCGUCCUACACUACUCAAAGAGCGAGUCGGUCACCAACAUCUAUAUCCUCAAUUUGGCUAUUGCCGACGAGCUCUUUAUGCUGGGCCUGCCCUUCCUGGCCAUCCAGAACGCCCUGCAGACCUGGCCUUUCGGCUCGUUCAUGUGCCGCCUGGUGCUGACCGUGGAUGGGAUCAACCAGUUCACCAGCAUCUUCUGCCUGACAGUGAUGAGCAUUGAUCGUUACCUAGCAGUGGUCCACCCCAUCCGCUCCUCCAAGUGGCGCCGCCCACAAGUGGCCAAAAUGGUCAAUGGCACAGUGUGGGCAGUGUCCUUCAUUGUGGUCCUGCCCGUGGUCAUCUACGCAGAAGUCCAUAAGAACGGCAACUGCAACAUCUUUUGGCCCGAGCCCACCGAGAUCUGGAAUGCGGCUUUCAUCAUCUACACAUCGACCGUUGAAUUCUUCUUCCCGCUGCUUGUGAUUUGCCUCUGUUACCUAUUGAUAGUUAUUAAGAUCCGCAGCUCGGGCAAGAAGGUUCAUGCCACGUCUACCAAGCGCAGGAAGUCCGAACGUAAGGUUACCUGGAUGGUCGUCAUAGUGGUGGCGGUCUUUGUUUUCUGCUGGCUCCCUUUCUAUGCAUUAAACAUCAUCAACCUGAUUGUACCCCCCCCGGAGAACCUGCAGGGCCUCUACUCCUUUGUGGUAGUCCUGUCUUAUGCCAACAGCUGCGCUAACCCUAUUGUGUAUGGGUUCCUCUCCGACAACUUCAAGCAGGGCUUUCGGAAAGCCCUAUGUCGCUCAUCCCGCAAGGUGGGGAGCCACGAGCCGACAGAGCAGCAGGAGGAGAGGAGGAGGGUUCUGAAGCCGAGGGACAGCCUCAGGCGAGUGAUACAGGCGGGUGACGAAGAGGAGGAAGAGGAGGAGGAUGCCGAGGCUGUGACCGAGAUGACUGAGAUCUGCAGAAUCACACAAAAUGGCAACGGCAUCGGACAGCCAGAGGGCUCGCGGGCCCACUUUGUCGAAAGGGCAAAAGUGGAGGUAGCCUCUGAUACAGGUAGCCCAGACCAUAGAGCCAAGAGCGGAGAGUCCAGUGGGAAAGGCCCAGGCUCAGGGCCUGUAACUGCCAUUCAGCCCCUGCUUAAUGGCACCAAGAAUGGCAGUAUCAGACCUCUCCCCGAGGAACCAGUGGAGAUGAACCCCUCCCUGAAGAUCAGCUAUUUGUAAUUUCAAAAAUAAUCAAAGCUACCUAUGGAAUCAUAGUAUGAAGAUUUUGUCCCCUGUUUUAGGCUAGUGAGAGGUAUGUUCGAAACCGUCUUUGGACCUGGGAGUGAUAGUGUUCAAAAGGAUGAAGGAAAAGUGACUGAACUGUCCUCAUUUUCACAAGGGCAGAUACAGCAGCCCCCUGUGUUUCAGAACUGAUUGCACAUAGUGUGCAUCCACUGAAUUACUGUAUCUGCCAUGGGAAAACGGAGUAAAAUCAAACUGUAACAAGUCAACUACUUAUGCCGCUGGUGAGCUCCAAAUGCAAAAACACAUAAUUGAUGUCUUUAUAUGAGGUGUACAAGGACCCUACUGGGUCCGUGAAACGAGCAGGAUUCAGUUCACCGGAAAUCAGUGAAGCUCAGAGCUAGGAGGGACUCGGGAGGUCAGACAUCAAGAGUCUGGAGCUGUAGGCAUGACGCCGGCAGAGCCGCCUGUGUCUAAAGCAGCACACCCACAGGGGAGCCGCUCAAAGCGAGACCGGCGCUACAACUCAUUCGGGCCUUAAUUGGAGCAGAAUGUCAAGUAGCAGUCAGAUGCAUUUCUGGAAAGCCGAGCACCACUGCUUGUCCUCGAGGGCUGAGCCGCCGCAGGGCGCGGGGCUGGAUCUUCGCUCACAUCUCUCCAGUGACACUGAGCUGGGAAUCACCAAAAAUAUCCAUCAUCUCUGCAGAAUGGGCCUCCUCAUUAGCAGGCUAGUGUGUGCACAGCAGGGGGAGGCAGGCCUGCUCUCCAGACCUUUGCCCAAAAAUAUCCGUCAUCUCUGCAGAAUGGGUCUUCUCAUUAGCAGGCUAGGGUGUGCACAGUAGGGGAGGCAGGCCUGCUCUCCAGACCCGUGCCAAAAAAUAUCCAUCAUCUCUGCAGAAUGGGCCUCCUUAUUAGCAGGCUAGUGUGUGCACAGCAGGGGAGGCAGGCCUGCUCUCCAGAGCCGUGCCAAAAAAUAUCUAUCAUCUCUGCAGAAUGGGCCUCCACAUUAGCAGGCUAGUGUGUGCACAGCAGGGGAGGCAGGCCUGCUCUCCAAACCCAUGCCCAAAAAUAUCCAUCAUCUCUGCAGAAUGGGCCUCCUCAUUAGCAGGCUAGUGUGUGCACAGCAGGGGAGGCAGGCCUGCUCUCCAGACCUGUGCCCAAAAAUAUCCAUCAUCUCUGUAAAAUGGGCCUUCUCAUUAGCAGGCUAGUGUGUGCAUAGCAGGGGAGGCAGGCCUGCUCUCCAGACCUGAAAAUAACAAGGAAAUAACACAAUACAGGGCUGGAUGUGGAUCAGUCCCAAAAGAGCUGCGUGCCUCUGGCAUGCAGAUUGGGAUGGUGGUGCGGGGUCUCCAGGGGUCCGUGCAAUACCUCUGAUACUUAAGGAUGAAGAUGUAGGGGAAGCAACUUGUAGCUGCAUGAGCCAUUUUGGUUAGAACUAUCAAGUUAAACAACUCUGCUUUGGGCAGAGCAUUGCAUAGAGGAUUUCAGGUGCUGACUUCAUACUAUACAUCCAACCUCAGCUUCAACCGCUCACACUAUACAGUACCAGUUAAAAGUUUGGAAACACGUACCCACAGAAAGGUUUAUUUGUACUACUCUCUACAUUUUAGAAUAAACAAAAAGACACCAAAACUACAAAAUAACAUAUAUGGGACUAUGCACUGACAAAACACGUGGGGGGCGGUGGGGCAGCUCUGUGGUUUGGGACUCCCGUGGUCGGCAGAGUGAUCCCACCAUUGGGCCCUUGAGCAAGGCCCUUAACCCCAAUCGCUCCAGGGACAGGCUGACCCUACUGUCACCUCUACCAGGUUCAUGAGGUAGCCUCCUGGGAUGCUUUUCCAGCUGUCCUGAAGGAGGUCCCACAUAUGCUCUCAUUGGCUGCUUUUCCUUCAGUCUUUGGUCAAACGCCUCAAAACUAUCUUUACUGGGUUUAGGUCAGGUGGCCAGGUCAUGUGAUGCGACACUGUCACGCACCUUUGUAGGUGGCUUGGUGUGUCCAAACUUUUGACCGGUACUGUCCAUCCAGCCCCAGCCCCUUACACCACACUGAUUCAGAAGUGCCUCAACCUUCACCAUGAAGAAGAGUGAAACUCAGUUAGAGAGGAGCCGGAGUGCUUAUUGGACCAUCACUUUUUACAUUGAAACUCCCACUCCCCUCCCAUAUUACAGAUACACUUGCACAGACCGAAUCAUGAUAUGCUGAACAUAUGAAGAAAACAGCCCAUUCUGUACCACUGUAAAUAUUCCAUAAGAUGCUGCAUAAAGCCUGCUGUUUGUCAGUGGUAAUUAGAUACAGUGCCAGUGUAAUAGUUCCUACAGUGUGUUUAUUUUUCAAUAACAAGUAUCUUCAGUUUAAACUAGGAACAGUGUGGGCUCUGAGGUCAGCAGGCUAGGGGUGGGGGUGCAUGACAUGCCCAUAGAGCGAGCGCUGUAUGGGCCACAUUUAUAUAGCGCCUUAACUACCUGUGUGCUUUUUGCUUAUAUAUCCGGAGGCGAGUCGAGCUCUGAGGCAGGGCAGGCCUUUAGUGUCACACACCGCAGUGAUGCCCCACAGUGAGAGCACUGGAUUAUUUCAGUGUCACCCAGGGCACACCUAGGUGCCAUCGCUCCAGAUUUCUUUUUAACGGAAGACUGAGUGCUCCUUGCUAAAUUCUGACAGGUACACUAAAACACCUCAACUUAGGGGUGUCUGUUUGCUUACAGCAUGAAAACUAAGAAAGCAACCCCCCCUCAGCCCCAUUUAAUGACAGGAUCAGUAAAGAGAGAGAGCUCACUUGCCGAAAUGCAGUGAGGGAUAAACACGGCAGAGAUGCAGAAGAGGCGUAAAAAGGCAUUUUUGCGUGCAGAUGUGAUUAUGCGGGUUAAGGUGCGUCAUUAUCUGCCAAAUACUUUGCAGCAAAGACUAACACCUCGAACAGAACUGCAUUUAACAUUUCUGAGCCCUCAGUCUCAUGUGUUAUUCUGCAGAGGGAAAACAAACACAAAAUCCUUUUUCUCUGGCAGUCCUGUCAUUUUUUUUACUUAGCUCUCGAAAACGAUUCAGUGCUCCCUGCCACUGACUCCUGUUUGCCAUUGAGUUUCAUGAAUCAGUGCCAAAGAUCAAAACGCAGUAAGAAUCGCAGCCAGCUUUCCAGGUGAAGGGGGAAGGGUCAAGAUUGAUCCAUGCAGAUCACUACCGCAUGAUGUGCAACAUCUUUCUUUGCCAGCCUUCUCAGUUCCGACUGGUUUCUUUUGACUUGUGUAAGCGCUGUUUUACAUCACAUGGAAGGACUGUGUACUCUUUAUGUUUCCAGGCAAGUAUAUAAAAAUACCUAUAUGUAAACAGAAAAUUAAAGAUUUCAAAAUGGAAGAUGAAGUAUGUGACUUUUCUCUUUCUACAAGCCAACUUCCUCCAGCCCAUUUACAAACUGGUUAUUCAACUGGAAUUGCAGGUACAAUGUCCUGGUUAUUGUCAGGGUCGGUGCCUGUCUGGCUCUGUCCAUUUGUUUUGUCCUCGUUUGGCCAGCAGAUGCCGCUGUCCAUCCUGUUCCCUCUGUUUUAUACCCCUAAGUCCCCAGUGUGUUUCCCUAUUGCCUUGCCUGCUGUUUAGCUCAAGGGCUUGAGUGCGAGGCUUCAAAGCUGUCAUGGGUUCUGGGCUGGGUUGGUCUGGCUUGAGGCCUGCCUCACCUUUCGUUUAAUUCAUUGGGUUUUAUUUUAUCCUUGGUGUUCGGUAUUGUUUAUCAUUGUCUUUGUUUUGUGUUAUGUUUAGGUUCGCAUUCUCUCCUAGUUUAGUUACCCUUUAGUGCUUGUUAAUAUGCCCUAGUUUCUUGUGCUUGUUAAUUGUAACUUAUUCCAUCUUCUUUUUGUUGUCCCAUGCCUGUCCUGAUUGGUUGAUUUGGUUAUGGUACAUACUUGCCCCUGAUUAGCCUUGUUGUCUGUAUGUACUGAAGUGCCUAUUCAUCAUGGCUGUUUCCCAGUGUUGAAAUGUGUUUGUUAGUUGUAUUCAUGAUUAUCAUUUUCCGUUAGUCAUUGUUGCUUCCUGUGUUUUUCCCUGCCAUUAGUACUGUGAUUCCCUGAUUGUGUUUCCUGCCUUAAUUUCUGUUUUUUCACUGUUGUUUGACCCAUCGUGGUUCCUUUAUUUCCGAUUUAUUUUUGUUAA